UUCAACGCAGCGCGGGAGAUUGAGGAGAAGGCGUCGCGCGCGAGGAGCUGAAGAUAAGAAAGUUGUUAGUGAAAAUGCCUUGUGAGAGGAAGCCGCUCCGCUUCGCUCACUGUGAAGGACACACUGAGGUUUGCUUUGAUGACCACGGAAAGUUCAUUGUCACCUGUGGAAGUGAUGGAGAUGUUCGGAUAUGGGAGAGUCUGGACGACGACGAGCCAAAGUUCAUCACUGUGGGUGAUAAGGCUUACUCUCUGGCUCUGAAGAACAACAAGCUGGUGACGGCGAGCUCCAACAACACGGUGCAGAUCCACACGUUUCCUGAUGGUGACCCAGAUGGCAUCCUGACCCGGUUUACCACCAACGCCACACACGUCACCUUCAACUGCAGUGGCUCCAGAGUGGCCGCUGGAUCCAGUGAUUUCCUGGUUAAGGUGGUGGAGGUGUCGGACAGCAGCCAACAAAAAACACUCCGGGGUCACGAGGCACCUGUCCUCAGUGUCACCUUUGACCCCAAAGAUGACUUCCUGGCGUCGUCCAGCUGUGAUGGUUCUGUGGUGGUGUGGAACAUUGAGGAGCAGACUCAGGUGAUCAGCUGGCCACUGCUACAGAAGACCAACGAUGUCAGUGGUGCAAACUCUCUGUGUCGACUGGCAUGGCAGCCCAGGAGGGCAAAGUUCCUGGCAGUCCCUGUUGAAACAAAGGUUGUUCUGUAUGAGCGAGGCUCCUGGGAUCAUGUGAUCACUCUGUCUGACGAUCUGCUCACACAGCCCGUCAACGUGGUGGCCUGGUCUCCGUGUGGUCAGUUCCUGGCAGCGGGCUGUGUGGGGGGUUUACUGACCCUGUGGGACGUGAACAGUCAGCUGUGUGUGGAAAGACAGAAGCACGAGAAAGGAUUCACUGUGUGCAGUUUGGCCUGGAAUCCGUCGGGGAGUCAGAUCGUCUACUCGGACACAAUGGGCUGCCUGGGUCUGCUGGACGGACUCAGCCUCUCUAGCUCCAGUACCAGUACCAGUACCAGUACCAGUACCAGCACUAGCACCAGCACCAGCACCAGCGCUCCCAAGCCGACAGCUGCAAAAAAACCAGCUAAAGAAUAUGACGAUCUGUUUGAUGACGAUGACGAUGAUAGACUCAUGGAUGAAGGCCUCAGCGACACCAACUCUCCACUUAAAAAACACGUCGCUGGGGACGAAGAUGACGACGACGAUGAUUUCCUCAUGCCUGCUACCGGCCGUGUGAGGAACAGAGGAGCGAUACUGGACGACGAGAACUCGCUGGACACUGGCUCGCUGAAGCUCGGUCCGGGUAAAUUUGGUGACGAUGAUGAAGAUGCGAGCGGUGCGAUCGUCCCUGUAUCUGCACCAGUGCUGCCUCUGCGUCCAGUCUACGAUGGACCCAUGCCAACGCCUCCUCAGAAGGCUUUCCAGUCAGGAUCCACCCCUGCACACCUCACACACCGCUUCAUGAUGUGGAACUCGGUGGGAAUCGUGCGAGGUUAUAACGACGAGCAGGACAACGCCAUCGACGUGGAGUUUCACGACACAGCUGUGCAUCACGCCAUGCACCUCACCAACUCUCUGAGUCACAGCAUGGCGGAUCUUUCCCAGGAGGCCGUGCUGCUGGCCUGCUCCAGCACAGAUGAACUGGCCAGUAAGCUGCAGUGCCUCCACUUCUCAUCAUGGGACACCAAUAAGGAGUGGAUGGUAGAUUUGCCCAAAGGCGAGGAGGCAAAGGCCGUUUGUCUGGGUCAGAGUUGGGCGGCGGUCGCCACCAGCUCGCUGAUCCUCAGACUCUUCUCCAUCGGUGGCCUUCAGAGAGAAAUCUUCAGCCUUCCGGGACCUGUUGUCUGUAUGAGCGCACAUGGAGAGCAGCUGCUCAUCGUCUACCAUCGAGCCACAGGUUUUGAUGGAGAACAAGCUCUUGGUGUCCAGCUGCUGCAGUUGGGUGGAAGAAGGCGUCAGGUGAUCAGCGGUGAACCACUUCCUCUCACACACAGAUCCUACCUGUCCUGGCUGGGAUUCAGUGCUGAGGGGACUCCGUGUUUCGUGGACUCUGAUGGGAUCGUGCGGAUGCUGAAUCGCUCCCUGGGAAACACAUGGACGCCUGUGUGUAACACCAGAGACACCUGCAAGAGCAGAUCCGAUCAUUACUGGGUGGUCGGAGUGCAUGAGAACCCGCAGCAGCUCAGGUGUAUUCCAUGUAAAGGCUCCAAGUAUCCGCCCACCCUGCCCCGCCCUGCCGUGGCUGUCCUGCCCUUCAAACUGCCGCUGUGUCAGACGUCCACAGAGAAGGGACAGAUGGAGGAGCAGUUCUGGCGUUCCGUCCUCUUCCACAACCACUACAGCUUCCUGUCGUCCAGUGGCUACGAGACAGACGAGGACGGACAGAGUAAAUCCCUGAAGGAACAACAGGAGCUGCUGAUGAAGAUGUUUGCAUUGUCCUGUAAGUUAGAGAGGGAGUUCCGCUGUGUGGAGCUGGCAGAGAUGAUGACUCACAACGCGGCGACUCUGGCCAUCAGAUACGCUUCUCGAUCCAGACGCAUGGCGCUCGCCCAGCGGCUCAGUGAGAUUGUGUUGGAGAAAGCAAACCAGAUCCAGGAAGAGGAACCUGAGGAACCAGAAUCCUCGAGCAUCAGAAGGAACUCUGGCUAUGACCAGAGUGAGGCGGCUGCAGGACAUCACAGCCCCACACGGGGGGAGCAGGAGGAGGAGGAGGAGGAGGAGCAGGAGCAGGAGCGAGGAGGAGAGCUCUGUGAGGAAGGGGACCAACAGGAAAUGGAGACAGAAGAGCCAACAGGAAACAGAAAACGUUUCAAUCCUUUUGCAAAAGAAUCAGUUUCAUCUGUGACGCCGUCUCUGACACCAAUUAAUAAAGCUGGACGUGCAAAUCCUUUCAAGGUCCUUGGAUCAGGGAAACCCUCGGCUCCACCUGGACAAACUCGAGUCACUAACAUUCUGGACAACAUGACUUCCAGCAGGAAGGCGGCGCCACACGCUGGAUCUGCAGGGAAAGCUAACAAAGGGCCUGUCCUCAAACCCCUGGCCCCCAGACCCAAGUCAAAGGCUCAGUCCACUCUGCUGCAGAUGACCGGCUCAAAAACAACCAGUAAGAAAACUCGCGACAGCUCUGAACCCACUGCACAGCAACAGAAGCAGCAAGAAGCUCCGCCUCCAGCCUCAUCAGCUGACAACACAGAAAACAAGAGACCAAAGACAGGAUUCCAGCUGUGGCUGGACGACAACAGGAAGAGUAUUUUAGCCGAUCAUCCAGACAUGGAGGCGGAGACUGACGUCAUCAAAGAGGCCAUGGGACGCUUCAGGACGCUGUCGGCGGACGAGCGACUGUCAUGGACGGAAAGAGCUAAAGGUCUGACAGGUGAAGCAGCAGAUCUGAAGAAGAGGAAAAGAGCAACAGGAGAAGGAGAAGAUGGUGUGGACCAUGAAAAUGGAGCGACAGAAGCAGAUGAAAAUAGUGCCAAGAAGAAAAAGUCUUUAGAUCCUUCCUCCAAGCUUUCAGCGUUUGCAUUUAACAAAAAGUAACAUCUAAACAUGUGUUAAAUCUCUGUUCCCUGAAUGAUCAGUAAUAAUGAUGCGUAUUUGCUGUUUUAACCUCUGAAUAAAUGUAAAUGUUCAUAUUCAGACUUUA